AUGCCAGAAGAAAUGCCCCUUGUCAUGUCAAAGCGAUUUCAGCGCUCAGCUGCAGCCCAGUACAUCAACAAAACAUACCACAAGUCAUCCAAACGAAUGACAAUGCAUUCAGAUUCGGAUGGCGAAGACCAAGAGGAGUUUAGGAUUGCUAUCAAAUCUAGUCCGCAUAGCAAGAUCACAUCCAAUAGUAAUAUCUCAUUAGAUAUCAAUAGCAAUAGCGGCACUAGUUUAAAUUAUCCUGAUCACGGUCGUGCCUGCACCAUCAAAGAAAAUGGAAUAAAUACCAUUGGGAGUGUAGCACCUAGUCCACAGAGCGGGCUUUUGCCAAUUCGACAACGUGGUCAGGGAAAUCUACAACGAGCCAUGUCCAUCACAUCUGCUCACGGCGCAAGUGGCAGUAUUCCCAUGCAUACUGCCUCUGCAAACAAAAAAGAGGCAGAUGUAAGACUGGGUAUAGAUACCACUUCGUACACUCCAUUCCAGCUUUCAUCAAAAUCAAGUUUCAAUCCAUCUCAAUUGACAACACGCCAAUUGAAUCGAUUGGAUAUGCUCACCAAAGCCAAAUAUAUGUCGUAUGAAAAACCAUCGUUUCAUGUCAUUGAGCAAAUUGGAAACAGUGAAAGGCGAUCUCGAAAGUGGUUGCGAGAUGAGCAUCUCCGAAUUCAAACCAUUAUCGAGACAGCACGCAAAAAGUGGAAUUUACUACACAAGGCAGUUGAAGAUCCAGCCAAACAGCUAAUCGGACAGCAAAGUGCAGCCAUUGCUAGAAUACGAAUGAAAGAAAAAGAAGAUGAGCUUCAGUUUUUAGUAGAAGGACAAACUACAUCAAUUGAUGCCAUUCGACUCAAAGAACACCUUGUUCUCAGAUCCAAUAUGCCAAAAGUAGGUCGAAUGUUUAGCGAAAAAGACCGACUUCGCGUAGAAGAAUUACUCGAGUAA